AAGCGGUGGUUGUCAGCUAGUGGGACCGACUCGAGAAAACGGGUGGCAAAAAUCUCCUCGCCGCAGAGCACGGCGGAGAGAAGCAGCCCCCAACUCUCAAGCGUCCAGUGAGCGACGACGGGAGAAUCGCCGCGAGCUCGAUUCCGCCGCUCCGGUUCGAUUCAUUUCUGCGGCCACCUGCUCGUCCUCCCUCCUCCCGAUCAAACCAGUCCCUCUCCGUCCCUGCUCGUCUCCAGAAACAAGCUUUGGAGUCUACAUUUCGAUGAGCAUUUGGAAGGAGAAUUGAUAUACAUAUAGCAGUUGAAAACGAUGGGUUAUGGCAUGAGUAGGCUGCAUGAGGGAUACAGUGAACAUGAAGGGCAGAAUAGUGAUGGAUCUAGUUCAGUCGAAGUGAAUAAUGACUUCUCAAAAUUAAAUAAUGAUAUUUUCCACAUGACUCGACUAAGAUCAGGACCUAGUGAAAGCAUCCGCAAGUCCAUGGAUAGAGUCUCAGUAACUAGGUUGUUACGUGGAAGGGAAGUUAACUCUUCAGGAAAUGGAAAGUUUUCUCCGGUUGAUCGUGCAUUCGUUCUUGGUCAUUAUCUUCCAGUGGAUGGUCCUGAAACAGUGGACAGGAUGGAUUCACGAGCUUAUGUUUCACAUUUUUCUGCCGAUGGUUCUCUUUUUGUUGCUGGUUUUCAGGGAAGCCACAUAAGAAUAUAUGAUGUCGAUAAAGGCUGGGAAGUACACAAGGAUAUUCAUGCUAGAAGUUUGAGAUGGACAAUUAGUGAUGCAUCGUUAUCACCUGAUCAAAGGUUUCUUGUCUACUCUAGUCUGGCACCCAUUAUCCAUAUUGUCAAUGUUGGCACUGCUUCAAGAGAAUCAUAUGCUAAUGUCACUGACAUCCAUGAUGGAUUAGAUUUUUCAGAGCAUGAAGAUGUUAGAUAUUCAUUUGGACUGUUUUCUGUUAAAUUCUCGACUGAUGGUCGGGAGCUUGUUGCUGGUAGUAAUGAUAAUUCAAUAUAUGUCUAUGACAUUCAGGCAAACAAAGUCACAUUGCGCUUGCCUGCCCAUACAUCUGAUGUCAACACAGUAGCAUUUGCUGAUGAAUCUGGUAACCUAAUUUAUUCUGGGAGUGAUGAUAACUUGUGCAAGGUCUGGGACAGACGUUGUUUGUCCACAGGGGAAGCGGCUGGAGUUUUGACUGGACAUGUGCAUGGCAUUACUCAUAUUGACAGCCGUGGAGAUGGUCGAUGUUUCAUAUCAAAUGGAAGCAGGAAAAUGACAUCCAAUGCUGAUGGUUCUGAAAACAGAGUUCCUGCCUGGGACUACAGGUAUUCAAGAUAUCCACAACAGUACAAGCAACAAAAGCAUCCACAUGAUCAGUCAGUAGCUACCUACCGGGGCCAUUCAGUUCUCCGUACAUUAAUUCGCUGCUACUUUUCUCCCACAUAUAGCACAGGACAGAAGUACAUAUAUACAGGAUCUUAUGAUGCUAGCGUCUGCAUCUAUGAUGUGGUAAGUGGAUCGCUAGUUGCCAAACUGCAAGGAUAUCAUCAUUUGGCAGUUCGAGACUGCAGCUGGCAUCCGUCCGAUCCAAUGCUUGUCAGUUCAUCAUGGGACGGCCAGGUCGCCAAAUGGUCCAGGACUCCCUCCAAGGAAGGAAAAGAAAAGGAACCCUAGCUAUGAUGUACAUAUUAAAUGGAAGCAAGCCAAGUGCAUAUGUAGUACUCCUUCCGAGAAGGUAAAGAAACAGCCUAUCCUAGAGAUGGUGCAUACGUGUAUGUGUCUUAUGUUGAUGUGAUUAUCGUGUCGUUUUUGUACUCCCAGUGAGCAGUUGUAGUUCAUCUUUUCAGAAGCAGAACUGUUUGUACUUCGUGGGAGAAAUUUGUUGCAGCAAAAGCACUGUAUAUCUGUAUGCUACAUGUACCUUGCAACAAAUUUCUCGCGGCUUA